GGCCUUAGUACUUGGGCGCUACACAGCCCCGCAGGGCUCAACCUCGGGCUUUUGGGGUGCUAUGUGCUCAUUUGCCUUCUGCCACUCGAAAUCUCUCCCGGUAAGCAACUUGCGGCAUCUCUUUUCACUGCCAUUUUGUUGCUGAUAUCGUGUUGCCGCCUUGCUGAAGUUAUCAGACACACUCCCGACGAUUGAUUUUGGCGGGUCGAGGACGCGCUGGUGGGGCAGGCCGAACGACCCCGCUCCAAGGGUGUCCCAAGUCCCCUCGCACACGAGCGGUCAUGGCGACUCAAGUCACGAUCCACGAGAAGGGUAUCACGGUGUUGUACGAAGCUUCGCAUCCGAGGAUCGACUUAGUGUUCGUCCAUGGAUUUACUGGCCACCCCAAAAACACCUGGACGUGGCAAAGGGCCAAACACCGAUCAACCGAACAAAAGAAGAAGCGCGGCCGAAACGAAGAGCCGCCCACGGCCCGACGCCUUAAGAUCCCGAAGUUGUCCUUUGGCCAAAGCCCGCGAGAUCCCUCAACCGCUACUUCCUCGAUCCCACAAUACGACCGAACAGAGAUAUCGGACGCUGCGGGCAGCAGAAACGCCGCGAAACUUGAAGGGCGACAAGAGGAAGUCUACUGGCCAGCAGACCUUGCGAGCCAAACGAUCCCCGACUCUCGGAUCCUCACCUACGGCUACGACACCAACAUCCGGUUCUUGUUGAAGGGGCCGGUUAGCAAAAACACGGUCCCCGACCAUGCCCGGAACCUUUUGUGUUCCCUCGAAGAACUGCGACGCUGUCCAAACGAGUCAUGCCGGCCGCUUCUCUUCAUCGCCCACAGCCUCGGCGGCAUCGUCGUCAAAGAGGCCCUGCGACAAUCCCGAAGGUGUGCAUCGACGCAGCCUCGUUUUCAUGGGAUUUUCGAAGCGACAUCUGGCUUCAUGUUUUUCGGGACCCCCCACAAAGGCGCAGAUCCACGGAAUUUCCUCCAUCACAUCGUAUCAGCUUCAGUCCAACUUCUUGGCUUCAAAGUCAAUCACCAGAUCGUGGACAGACUUAUGCCAAAUGCCGAACAGCUACUGGAAUUGAGAGACGAGUUUUCCGUCCUGUGUCAUGAGAGGAAAUGGCCGGUACACUCGUUCCAGGAAGAAUAUGGCGUUACGGGACUUUUCGGAACGAAGGUGGUGGACGACCGCUCAUCUUGUCUCGACGAUCCUACAAUCGAGACGAAGCGACACAUUUCAGAAAACCACAUGGAUAUGUGUCGCUUUUAUGGGCUUCAGGACCCGGAGUACUCAAAGGUGGCUGCUGCAAUGACGUUCAUCCUUGGAACCAUUGGAGACCGCAAGCACACGAUAAGCCCCCUGCACGAGCAACUUCCCCUGCGCACACUGUCCGAUACGUCCAUUCUUCACGAGCAGUCUCCUCCUGAGCUCCCAGCCGUCGGGAGCCAGGUUCAGGACAGCUUUUCGCCGCCGGAAACUCAAAACUGCAGAGACGAGUGCUCAGUCAGCGACAGCAUCGAUGCCACCCUCAAAGAGUCUCUCGUAGAACGGCUCUUCUUCUCCAAAAUCGACGAACGCCUAACACACCUCACUGCGGCCCAAGGGAGGACAUGCCGCUGGUUCCUUGCCAAGCCAGAAUACACCGCCUGGCGCGACAUGGCACAGCAGCCAGACGGCGGCGGUUUCCUCUGGAUCAAAGGCAACCCUGGCACCGGGAAGUCUACUCUGAUGAAGCUCCUCUUUGAGGAGGCUAGGGGGAGUGCAAAAGGCGACUCAUCACAAAUCAUACUGUCCUUCUUCUUCCUCGCGCGGGGCACGAUCGAGGAAAAGUCAACGAUAGGUCUCUACCGUUCUCUUCUCCAUCAACUCUUUGAGAAGACGGUGGACCUGAGGGGCAGUCUGGAGUGGAUGACAGCUUAUGGCGCAAGAGGCAUCCUGCAGAAUGGAUGGCACGAAGAGGCGUUGAAGCAGACGUUAAAGCAUGCUAUUCCUAAGCUCGGGAGUCGGUCUUUGACGAUAUUUGUUGACGCACUGGACGAAUGCGACCAGAGCCAGGCUGCUGGCAUGGUUUGCUUUUUCGAAGAGCUGUGCGAUGACGCCAAAGACGCAAACGUGAAGCUGCGGAUUUGCUUCUCGAGCCGGCACUAUCCGACCGUCGUCAUCCAGCAGGGCGUCGAGGUCACCUUGGAAGCCGAGGACGGGCAUGCUGACGACAUCGAGGGCUACAUCAAGGCGAAACUCCGGUUGGGAAAAAACAAGCACGCCGAAACACUCCGAGCCGAAAUCCUCAAAAAGUCAUCGGGCAUCUUCCUCUGGGUCGUCUUGGUCCUCGACAUCCUCAGAAAGGAGUAUCCCAACAGCUCCGUCUCCAUUAGCAAAAUCCGCAACCGUCUCGAACAGAUCCCGCCUGGACUUAACGAUUUGUUUGAGAUGAUCCUUGCGCGGGAUGGGGAGAAUAUCGAGCAACUGCAUGUCUGUCUCAAAUGGGUACUUUUUGCUACUCGUCCCCUGAAGCCACAGGAGCUCUACUUUGCCGUCCAGCUGGGUCUCGAUAAGGAAAGAUCGGGUUAUUGGGACCAUGAAGACGUCGAAGAGGACCAGAUGAAGACAUUCGUAAGAACCUCCUCCAAAGGCUUGGCUGAAGUCACACGGAACAAAGCCUCCGAAAUCCAGUUCAUCCAUGAAUCUGUCCGGGAUUUCUUGCUGGGCCGAUACGGGGGGCAGUGGUCUGGGGCUUCUGGGAACUUCGAAGGCCACUGCCACGACAUAUUGAAGGAUUGCUGCUUGGCUCAGCUGAACGCUCCCAUCGGCGAUGGCAUCGAUAUACCGGAUGCGCUGCCGCAGGGCGCCGAAGCAGCACAGCUGAGGGAGGAGCUUCACCAGAAGUUUCCGUUUCUCGAAUAUUCGGUCCUCUACGUCCUUCAUCAUGCCAACAGCGCUCAACAGCAUGGGAAAGAGCAAGAUCUCCUUGCGGAUUUCCCUCUUCCACAGUGGGUAACCCUCAACAAUGCUCUCGAAAGGCAUGCCGUCCGGCGGUAUACCAAAUCAGUCAACCUCCUCUACAUCCUUGCCGAGAAGAAUUUGGCAGAUCUUAUUCGUGUUCAUCAUCAGCCGGCAGCCUGCUUUAAAGUUGGAGAGGAACGCUAUGGACCGCCAAUAUUUGCUGCGCUGGCUACGGGGAGUCACGACGCAGUUGAGGCCAUUUUGAAAAGCCUCCAAGCGCGAGUCCAGCACCUUUCUCCUCUUCCCGACCUAUGGGCACAAUAUCAACAGGAUCAAGGCAAACGGACAAUGUUUGGGCGCGGCUUCGCAUUUUCACGACGAAACAGCAUCCUUUCGUAUUUGCGAGAGCGAGGCGAUGAGGCUAUAUUUCUUGCCUGUGCUUUCUCGGGCCAGGUCGAGGUCGACGCGAAGGAUAAAGACGGCCGGACGGCGCUGUCGAGGGCCGCCGAAAACGGCCACGAAGCUGUUGUGCAGCUGCUGCUUAACACGGGCCAGGUCGAGGUCGAUGCGAAGGAAAGGUCCGGCCGGACGCCGCUGUCGUGGGCCGCUUAUAACGGCCGCGAAGCUGUUGUGCAGUUGCUGCUCAACACGGGCCAGGUCGAGGUCGACGCGAAGGAUAAGGAAGGCCGGACGCCGCUGAUAACUAUGGCCCGGACGCCGCUGUCGAAGGCCGCCGGGAACGGCCACGAAGCUGUUGUGCAGCUGCUGCUUAACGCGGGCCAGGUCGAGGUCGAUGCGAAGGAAGGGUCCGGCCGGACGCCGCUGUCGUGGGCCGCCGAAAACGGCCACGAAGCUGUUGUGCAGCUGCUGCUUAACACGGGCCAGGUCGAGGUCGACGCGAAGGAUGGGUCCGGCCGGACGGCGCUGUCGUGGGCCGCUUAUAACGGCCGCGAAGCUGUUGUGCAGCUGCUGCUCAACACGAGCCAGGUCGAGGUCGACGCGAAGGAUAAUUAUGGCCGGACGCCGCUGUCGAAGGCCGCCGGGAACGGCCACGAAGCUGUUGUGCAGCUGCUGCUUAACACGGGCCAGGUCGAGGUCGAUGCGAAGGAAGGGUCCGGCCGGACGCCGCUGUCGUGGGCCGCCGAAAACGGCCGCGAAGCUGUUAUGCAGCUGCUGCUUAACACGGGCCAGGUCGAGGUCGACGCGAAGGAUAAGGAAGGCCGGACGCCGCUGUCGUGGGCCGCUUAUAACGGCCGCGAAGCUGUUGUGCAGCUGCUGCUUAACACGGGCCAGGUCGAGGUCGACGCGAAGGAUGGGUCCGGCCGGACGCCGCUGUCGUGGGCCGCCGAAAUGAACCGCAAAGAUGUUGUGCGGCUGCUGCAGCAAGCCUUUACUGAAAAUACUCGCACUGUUCCCACAAAUGCAGCCCUGUCAGAUGGUUCGACGGAGGUGAGGAUACAAUAGCUAGUAAUUGUUUUGUUCUGAUUUCUUUUUUUAAAAAAAAGGGACCGGAAAAUCGUGACAAUAUAUGAUCUCUAUUUUAAUUCCAGCA